AUGGAGGUGGCUUUUAUUGCGCCAUCUUCCAGCGCCAGCAGCUCGAGCCUGCCAACCGGCAUUGCACGGACAACUCUCCGAGGAACCCAGCCGGAAAGCGGAUCCUUCGGGGCGGGGGCGAAGGCCGCCGCGCUUUGUGGUGCGGCUGCUGCAGCAUGCCUGGCCACUCGGAGACGCACCAUGCGCCGGGCAGAGCAGGAGUUGGCCACGCUGCCCAAGCACAUGCAGCCUGUGGACAUGAACAA